ACACCACCAACCCAGCCAAGCAAAGCAUUGUGUGUGUGUGUGUGUGUGUGUUUGUCUGUGUGCCCACGCCAGGCUUUACUCAGCGAAGGAAAAGCUCUUCCCAGGAACUGCGGGGGCCACACGGAUCCAUCCCGGUCCCUCGUCGAUGGCACUAAUUCCAGAGCGGUUGGAGAGGAAGGAGAAAGCAAAAAAAAAAAAAACAAAACAAAAACUCUAGGCUAGAAGUGUUUAGAAGCAUCUGUAGGAGUUUCUGCAACACUUGAGAUGUUUACAUUGACAGGAGCAAAGCUUCCAUGUUUUACUGGGGGGGGAUUUGCAACCCUCCCUACACCUUAUAAGCUAUUUAUCCUUUAUGUGCCCUUCACCUCUUACUCCUGUUAAAAGACAAACAAACAAACAAACAAAAAAAAAGCUCUUUUUUUUUUUUCUGGUCAUUUUGCUUCCUAAUAGUUCUUUGAAUGCCUGAAGGAACCUGCCCUUUCCUUCCCAGUCUUUGUGGUAAAAUGCUGAGACUGCUCAGAGGUUCCACCUGGUAGUGCUGCCCCAAAGUCAUUCCAUGCCCAUGGGGAAAGUGCCAAGUCAUUUUAAUUAAAAACUUGGGGGGGGAGAGAGGGUGUUCAAUUAGCAGUAAAAGUAAUGACAGUUUUAAACUGUGCCAACUCUGCCAGGCACCUUUUUAAAAACUGAAGUUUCUUCAGCUUUUUUUUUUUAAACCCUGGGUGUGGUUGGAGCGAAAAAAACCCCAAGAACCAAACAGGUCCUUCCUUCUCCAGGAGCUGGGCUUUCCCUCUGGGGCUCCACUUUGGCUGGCAAGACUAAAAAAACUGAGGGAUGGGGGGCCCUGUGCCUUUCCCAAGAGGCUGCUCCCAAAAAAACCCCCCAUCCUUGGGUGUUUCUGGGGCAGAGUGGGAGCUGGAGCAGAGGAUGCACCUUGGCCACUACGGGAGCAAAGGGCGAGUUGGCAACUUCUCCCUGGGGCUGCUGGUCCUGCAGUGCCUCCCUUUUCCCAGGAAAGCGUGGGAAUGUGGAACUGCUGCACCUUGCUGCUGGAAUUUCUUGGCUCAAACGCAGCGAAAUUCCAGCUUCUCCCCUGCCUGUGGGACAGCCUGGAAAAAGGGAAGGGAUCCGGAGCCUGCAGCGCUGCUUUAGGUCAACCCUUCCUUUCUCUGUGCAAUAAAUGGAUUAAUUUGCUUUUUAUAGAGAAAAAAAGGACUUUUUUUUCCCCUUUUUUUCUUUUUUUUUUUUUUUUACUUAUCUGCACCUUGUGGGCAUUUUGUGGGCCGUGCUGGCAUUCCCAGGUUGGUUUUGUGUGGAGACAAGCUGGGUGCUGGAAUUCCAGGGGGGUUUUGUGCCAGAUCCAUGGUCUGUGCUCCAUUCCCAGAGUGGUUUUGUGUGGAUCCAACCUCUCUGUUGGAAUUCCAGGGUGGUUUUGUGUGGAUCCAACCUCUGUGCUGGAAUUCCAGGAUGAUUCUGUGCCAGACCCAUGGUCUGUGCUGGAAUUCCAGGAUGAUUCUGUGCCAGAUCUGUGGUCUGUGCUGGAAUUCCAGGGUGGUUUUGUGUGGAUCCAACCUCUGUGCUGGAAUUCCAGGCUGGUUCUGUGCAGCUCCAUGGUCUGUGCUGGAAUUCCAGGCUGGUUCUCUGCAGCUCCAUGGUCUGUGCUCCAUUCCAGAGUGGUUUUGUGUGGAUCCCACCUCUGUGCUGGAAUUCCAAGGUGGUUCUGUGCAGCUCCAUGGUCUGUGCUCCAUUCCCAGAGUGGAUUUCUAUGGAUCCACCCUCUGUGCUGGAAUUCCAGGGUGGUUUUGUGUGGAUCCCACCUCUGUGCUGGAAUUCCAGGCUGGUUCUGUGCAGGUCCAGCUGCUCCAGCGGGCAGUGCCAAGCACUACCCUACUUUUCCAGAGGAGAAUCCCUGUUUCCCAGGGCACUCCCAGGCCCCCACUAACAGUAUUAACCCUGGGCCUGGGGCUCUCAAACCUGAUUGAAACCCGGGAGGGUCGAGCUCAGUCCUUGCAAGGGCUGGGGGGCGUUUGUGUAAAUAAUAAAAGUCUGAA